CAAGUUCAGAAAGUUUCAUUGGCAGAUUGAGUGAUGGCAAAGCCUACUUCCUGAGUCUGUGGAGGACAGACAAGAGAUUUGGUCAAGCUUCUGCCUCUCUUGCUUGCUCACUCGUUCCCUCUUCUUCCCUCCCCAUUCGUCCAUCUAUCCUCCAAUCCUAUGAUCUCUCCUGCUUCUCCCCUCCUUGUUUCCCUCUCUCUCCUUGUCAGCAGAGCAGGUCAAUGACUUCUCCCAGUUGCUCCAUGCCUGUUCUCCUGCACUGGAGAGUGCAAUAUUCCAGCUGAAGAGGCUAUGACACCUUUUACCCAAACCUGUCUUCUCCUCCUGUUGCUCUCCUGGGUUGGAGCUGAGGUCUUCCUCCAGAGCCAGGAUGCCAGCCAGGUGCUCAACCGGAGGCGGAGGGCCAACAGCCCCUUUGAGGAGUUUCGUAGUGGAAAUAUGGAACGGGAGUGUGUUGAGGAGAGAUGCGACAGAGAAGAAGCCAGGGAGAUAUUUGAGAAUGAAGAGAAGACGAAUGAGUUCUGGAAUGUCUACUUUGAUGGGGAUGCCUGUGUUUCUCAGCCCUGUAUCAAUCACGGUGUCUGUAAGGAUGGAAUUCCAGGAUACACUUGUUUCUGUCGUCCAGGCUUCCAGGGACAUAACUGCGAAAUCGUAAUACCGGAGCUUUGCGAGAAAAACAACGGAGACUGCGAACAUUUUUGUAAUGUGGAGAAAAACAAAGUUCGCUGUUCCUGUGCAGACGGCUACUACCUUGGAGAUGAUGGAAAGUCAUGUCGGUCCAAUGAGGUCUUCAAAUGCGGUGCUAUAAAAUCUAAGAAGAGUCGAAGCAUUUACAUUUAUAGGCAACAUGAAAACGGGACAAAAAAUGACAACGUUAACGGGACAAACAGUGUCUUUAAUAACACCGCAGAAACGAAUGACUAUGAUGAGUCCUCGUCCCGCAUUGUCAACGGAGAGCAGUGCCCACCUGGAGAAUGCCCCUGGCAGGCCCUCCUGAUGAACGAGCAAGAUGUUGGGUUUUGUGGAGGAACCAUUCUCAAUGAGUAUUUUAUCUUGACUGCAGCACACUGCAUGAACCAGUCACGGUCCAUCUUUGUCAUUCUAGGCGAGAUCGACACAAAGGUCAAUGAAAGCCGCGAGGCCAUUCACGAAGUGGCCCAGGUCCUCACCCACAAACAGUACGUCAGAGAAACAUACCACAACGACAUUGCGCUCAUCAAGCUGCAGAAGCCGAUCAAAUUCACACCCUUCAUCUUGCCAGCCUGCCUCCCCGAGGCUGACUUUGCAGAGAAGGUGCUGAUGCGGGAGGAUUACGGGAUGGUCAGCGGCUUUGGUCGGCUGCGCGAGGGCGGUGUCCAGUCCACUGUGUUGAUGAGGCUCAGCGUGCCUUACAUCAGUCGGGCUGUCUGCAUUGAAUCCAGCAAGUUCAAGGUCACCAACCGAAUGUUUUGUGCGGGCUACGAUGAGGAGGAAAAAGAUGCUUGCCAGGGGGACAGUGGUGGCCCCCAUGUUACACGUUAUAAGAGCACAUGGUUUGUGACAGGAGUGGUGAGCUGGGGGGAGGGUUGUGCACGGAAGGGGAAAUAUGGCAUUUAUACACAGGUAUCCAAGUAUAUCCCCUGGAUCAGAUACGUCAUGAAAAAGUUCUAGUUUUGUGCUUUGUAUCUGGCAGACUCUUGAGAAAUUGUUGCUGAAGAAUUCCACAAGCUAAAUGAUAUUCAGAAAAAAGAAUAAAGAUGAUUUAUGACUAA